GCGGGGAGGGGGCGUCGGAGGCUUGGCAAGCGGAAGGGGGGAGCUCCAUCGCAGGCAAUUGCAACCCCCCCCCCCUUGCUUUUCCCGAUCCAGGGAGCGCUUGCAUCCGCCUCCCCAGGUGCAAAGGCUCAUGCAGUCGCUCAGGGAGAGGAUAGUGGUUAGAGGCGAAGCUGGAUGGAUGGUUAUGGGGAAAGGGGCAAGAGCCGAAGCCCUGAGAUUGGUGCAGACCCUCUUUCUGUCUCUGUGCAUCUUCCCGACAGGGACAUCUCCAUGCAAAAUCAUGAAGUGCAACUCUGAGUUUUCUGCUGCCACAUCAGGGUCUCACCACCUGGGUGCCGAGGAGCCCCCUGAAUUCUGCACGGCCCUGCUUAGAAAUGCGCGCUGCACCCAUCGGACAGCCACUGGGGAACCUGCUGCAGGAGGCGACACAACUUACCACUCUGCCGUCAACGGGAUCUAUGAUCUCAUGAUCCAGCACAACUGCUGCCAAGAUUUUACUGCUCAACCGCCUCCGCCGGAGACAGAUCAGGAAAAACCGGUUAGCCCGAGAUCUGCACCAUUCACGAAGAGCUUCCCUGAAACACUCCUGCAUCGAUUGCCAAUUACACCUCACUGCGGGCUCGCCGGACCUCACCUCGGACUUUUGGACGCACCAGGCGUGCAAAGUCAAGAGGCGUGGCCCUCGAUCACGACGCUGUACGAAGAUAUUCAGGUCCGCAACACCCCCGUCUGGCCUAGCUCCACAGCAACAGCUACCAGCAAGCUCACGAUCAUCUUCAAGAGCUUCCAGGAGUGUGUGGACCAAAAGGUCUACCAGGCUGAGAUGGACGUGCUCCCGGCAGCUUUCAUUGAUGGCUCCCAAAACGGCGGCGACAAGCACGGGGCCAACAGUCUGAAGAUCGCCGAGAAGGUGCCGGGCCAGCACAUCGAGAUUCAGGCCAAGUACAUCGGGACCACCAUCGUAGUGAGACAGGUGGGCCGCUACCUCACCUUUGCGGCGCGCAUGCCCGAGGAGGUGGUCAACGCUGUGGAGGACAGAGACAAUCAAGGGCUGUACCUCUGCCUGCGGGGCUGUCCCCUCAACCAGCAGAUAGACUUUGAAGCCUUCCAGUCCACCACACAGGCCAGCGAAAGCCACCCUCGCCCAAAAGGGCAGGCCUUCACCCACAACACGGCCACGGCCAAAUGCCGAGAGAAGCUGCCGGUCGAGGACGUGUACUUCAAGUCCUGCGUCUUCGACCUCUUGACCACGGGGGAUGUCAACUUCACCCUCGCGGCCUACUACGCCUUUGAGGACGUCAAGAUGCUCCAUUCCAACAAAGACAAAUUGCACUUGUAUGGACAGUCCAGGAAUAUGGCUUCCUUCCACCAGCCCACCCCUCUUUUCAUCCUCCUAGCCGUGCUGGUGUGGUUGAGUUAGUUCUUGGACAUGUUCCUGAAGCGUUCCCGUUGGCCGAAGUUGCAGGGGGCAGACGUGACCCCCAAUGAAAUAAUUGUCCCGGCACAAACUGAGCCAUCCAGGAGUGAGAGGUUUCGUCGCCUCUCUGAGCGAGUCUGGAACAGCCUUGCUGGACCAAGUUUUUCUUCCACUGUGAAGGGUUGUCACAAGACUGACUCGCCUUCGCCGCUGAGUCCAUCUUUUGGUUUUCUCCCAUGCUAAGACGGAUGGAAGACCCUUUCCCCUCCAUGCACUCCCCCUUUUUUUGAUGUUUCCAAUGGUUGUGGUGAUUGUGAAUUUGGCAUUUGUAUAAGCUGGGUCUAGGUCUGAGAGGGGAAAGUGGCGGACGCUGUCUGAGAGGAGCAACGGUCUCGCAACUGCACAAGGUGGUGUCAAAAGAUGAGCAGAAGGACCUUCUGAGGGUCUUCUCAGCCUGGGCUGUUUAACGCCUCACUCCAUGGGGCUUUCCGCACUACAGAAGGGAGCUAAGGUCGACUCGGUUCCCUUCAGUGGGGGGCGAUUCCAGGCUGUCCGCACAGCAACUUACUUGGCCCCCUGGAACCGAGCUAAGU